UCCUCGGGAAUGUGUUUAGGAUGGGCAAGUGGCUGCUGAGGAAGUACGGGUACAUAAAGGAGGAGGAGCAGCAGCAGCAGCCUUCUGAUGAGGUCUAUUUGGAGGAUGAAGAGAAUGAUGAUCUGUGAAAUAUCAGUCCACGGUAAUCAGAAAUACACACAUUGGUUGCUAGGACAACAUGGACUUCAGGAACUUUGGAGAGUUCGGGCUGAUGGGUUCGCCGAUCUUCUCGAUCAUCGAGGACAUGCUCGACUUCCCUGAGGAUCAGCAGCAGCAGCAGCCUGAGUCGAGGACAAGGAGCAACAACCCUUCCCGGGCUUAUGUUCGUGAUGCCAAGGCAAUGGCGGCAACCCCAGCGGACGUGAUAGAGUACCCUGACUCAUACGUGUUCAUAGUGGACAUGCCAGGGAUCAAUCCUGGGGAAAUCAAGGUCCAGGUCGAGAACGAGAAUGUGCUCGUGGUGAGCAGUGAGAGGAGGCACGAGAGGGAGAAGGACAAGGACGAGAGUAAGGUGGAUGGGUUGAAGUACGUGAGGAUGGAGAGGCGGGUGGGGAAGUUCAUGAGGAAGUUUGUGCUGCCCGAGAAUGCGAACGUAGAUGCCAUAUCAGCGAUGUGCCAGGACGGUGUGCUCAGGGUCACGGUCCAGAAGGUCAAGCCUCCCCAGCCCAAGGCCAAGACCAUUGAGGUCAAGGUUGGUUAAAAGGAAUGUAACAGAGAUGGGAUGUUUGUGUGUUUCAUAUAAUGUUUGUUGUGAGGUCAGCACCAUGAGCUUCUGCCCUUUCUCUGAUUUGCUUUUCCUGGUGACCUAUGGACUAAAAACCAUGUCGAAGGUAUUGAGAUAUGUAUAAAUAAAUUGUCUUUCUUGCCGAUUUCGUUUGGAUAUUAGUUAAUGAAUCGAGUUCAUUAUUAUA